UGCUGUUUUGCUUUGAGUCGGUGAAUGGUGUUUUCUCGUAAAUUAUGUUAUUUAUCUCCUGAUCUUACCUCCUCUUGAAAUAUUACUAGAGGACAAUUUAAGAUUAUCCAAAGUAUUUGAAAUUUAAGUUUACAACUUGUGACAUGCAUGUCGUUGAGCUCGGGAAGUAAUUGUUUCUCGGUAGUCUUCUGCUUUUUGUGUGACAAAGGUUAAAGCGUAUGGCGGCGACUGGGUCUAGCCUGAAUUUAGAACCAGCGAAAGGGACAAACUCGUAUAAAGUAGCGCUGGCGAACUCAUCAGUUAAGCCGAAGACUAAACCAGCACCUUUGGAGAUGUCUCGAACACAGUCGUUCACAUCAACUGACAAAGAAAAGAAUCCCCCCACACCACGUUCCAAGAUUGGACAUCGUAGGGUGGAUGAGACAGGAGAAACCACGUACAAAAAGACUCCCUCGUCAGCACUUAUGUCAGCCAUUCAACUUGGGAUUGGAUUUACUGUUGGAAGGUUAUCAGCUAAACCAGAGCGUGAUGUGUUAAUGCAAGAUUUUGCAGAAGUAGAAACUGUUAUAUUUCCAAGUGAAGGGUCAAGAGAGACCCCAUCCCAUCGGUUUAGUGAUUUCAAAUUCAAAUCAUAUUCCCCAGUUGCUUUUAGAUAUUUUCGGGAUUUGUUUGUGAUGAACCCUGCGGAAUUUAUGAUGGCACUGUGUCAUGAACCAUUGGUGGAGCUUGCUAAUUCAGGAGCCAGUGGUUCCCUUUUUUAUGUGACAAAUGAUGAUGAAUUUAUUGUGAAAACUGUUCAACACAAGGAGGCAGAAUUUCUUCAGAAAUUAUUGCCUGGAUAUUAUUUAAACUUAAAUCAGAACAAAAGAACAUUGUUGCCAAAGUUUUUUGGCUUAUACUGCUAUCAGUGUGGAGGAAAGAAUAUUAGAUUAGUAAUAAUGAACAACCUCCUACCACGAGGAUACAAAAUACAUUUUAAGUAUGAUCUUAAGGGCUCAACAUACAAAAGAAAAGCAUCAAAGGCAGAAAGAGCCAAAGAAACACCUACUCUUAAGGACUUGGAUUUUUUGAAUGAUCACCCAGAGGGCCUUUUUCUUGAACCAGAAACUUACAAUGCUGUGAUGAGGACAAUCCAGCGAGAUUGUAGAGUAUUACAAAGCUUCAAAAUCAUGGAUUAUAGUCUCCUUCUUGCUAUUCAUAAAGUAGAGGAGACUAGUACGAGUGGUGUAGCGAGAUAUAAAAGAUCAAACAGUGAACCUGCGACUGAUAAACCAUCAACAAGAGUAGAGACUCCGUCAGGUCAUCUAUCCUCCCCCACUGAGGGUACAAACCUUAUGUCAUCUGGCAAUGGACAGUGGGAAACAAGAGCACGCAGUCCUGAGAGCAGCAGUACAUCUCUGUCACGUACUCGAAGUUUAAAAGGAAGAGAAGGCUUCAGUUCAGCUUGGGAAGCAAUCACUGUAGGAGAUGAAACAGAAGAGAGACCGGUUGGUGGUAUUCCAGCGCGUAACGCCAAAGGAGAACGUUUGGUCCUAUUUCUUGGAAUCAUAGAUAUUCUACAAAGUUACAGAAUAGUCAAGAAACUAGAACACGGCUGGAAGGCUCUCCUUCACGAUGGGGACACAGUGUCAGUCCACAGACCGUCAUUUUACUGCACAAGAUUUCAAGAAUUUAUGUCCAAUAACGUGUUCAAGAAGUCAGCAGCCAAAGCGUCUCCAAGGAAGCGUACCGCGGGAGGUUCCGUCCAUCGUGUUCGUUCCGUGUCAGAGAACGAUCGAACCAACCGAGAAAGAACGUUCACAAGUGAUAGUAACACAUCUGAUAAAGGAAGAUCAAGAUCAUUUACAGAAGCAGAUAAACCUGUUGAGAAAACAAGUCUGAAAAAAACGCUUAGCAGCGGAAAUGGCGGUCAAACGGCCGGCGAAAGUGCUACAGAUAAAAGAGUAGUCGUUGUUGAUCCUAAAGAUGCCUUACUAGAAGCAGAGGGACCGACUCACCCGGCUAAGGCCCCCACAGCCAAUCAAGAGACUGGAAGCGCUGCAGCUCACAGCUGUCUUCGCCGACAAGUCAGCUUCCAACUUCCUGAGGAAGGAGACGCUAUGAACGAGCGAUGACUUGGGCUCCGGUAACCAGAGCACGGUCCACCUUGGCGGCGCUCCACCAGAAGGGAUUUUCACACGUGAUUAAGACUUCUUCGAUUACGUGGGAUUUUCUCUCCUCACAAGAACCUCGUACUCUAAACUGACUAAAUUAAAACUUAAGCUAUCGUGUACGGUUAACGAAAAUGUAGUGUCCUUAAACUAAACUAAGGCUAAACAUUACAACCAAAAUAUGCAAUUAGUAUUUCUUCAGCAACAUGACACAUAUCUUGCAUUAUAUAUGCUUGGCCAGAACUGCUUAAUGUUCCUUUUAAAUGCUUUCUGGCUGCAUUCAGGGGAUUUUAUGUUCUAGUUGCAGUUAAAGAUAAUUAUGUAUAAUCGAAACAAAUGUGAAUGUGACAGAAAGCGGUCAAAACUGGCUCAGAUUACCGAUGCUUCAAGCUGUACUUAAUAACAAAACAAGUUAAUAGACUUAGCAUAUUGGCCUCGGUGAUCUGUGACGCUGCGGCGAUAGGUGUAUUAUGGGCUGCUGUGGACUCAGUGACUUGUGGGUAAAAGGCUGAUUAGGAAAAAAAAAAAAAAAAAAAGAGUGCCGCAGUGUAGAUGUUUGUUAUAUUUUGUGCCAAACUUCAAGACCUUGCAUGUCAAAUUUCGUUUAGCUGCAAAGUUUGUGUCAUUCUUAUUCCAAAUUAGAUCCGAUAGAUGAACGAUUUAUUUCCCAUGGUUUAAAUUAGCGUCAUAAAAAGAGCAGAUUCUAAGGAUUUCAUAUUAAGAACACGUGAAUGAUUGGUCAAGUGGUGAUUUAUUUGGUCGAAAGUAAGUCAUGGCACAAAUCGGAUGUCAUGACAAAAGCUUGCAUCUCUCCGUAUGAAAAUUACGUAGAUUAUUACUAUUAGCAGUUGUAGUAUUAACUCAAAGAUAGGCAGCAAUCUCAUGAGCGAGCUACCACAUGUAAUGGUAUCGUCAAUAAGGCCGGAUAAAGUAAAUUUUCAAUGAUUG